GUACAACUUUCAGUUCUUCCCCGUCUUCAGUCGGCGAAACUACUGAAACGAAGCCUUCAAGAAUUGAGCUGGAAAUACUCCGGAAAUGGGCGAGCGGUGACUACUGUUCCACUUGGUGACGAGGUCGAGCUGCGAUGGAGAAUAUUGGAGCAGUCACCUGGUCAUGGCUACUUUGUGGAUAGCUGCAUUGCCGAACGAGUUGGAGGCGCCCCUCCACAUCCUGAACCACUCAAUAUCAUUAAGCGAGGGUGUCCUGAUGAGAAAAUCAACAACCGCCUCAUUAAAUCGCCGAUC